AUGAUGGAUAAUGAGACUGUAACUGGAAUGGAAGACGAAUAUUUUAAAAAACGCCCCGGUGUGGUAGUUCUACAUUUACAAGAACUCGAGAAAAGGUUCUUCGACGUCGUCGCCGAGGGAAGUGUCGCCGAAGUGCGACUAUUUCUGGAGCAACAUCCGGAUUUCAAUAUAAAUGUCAUAAAUUUUCAAGGUGUUAGCGCGCUGCACGUCGCUAUUAGCGAGAGAAAUGUAGCGAUGGUCGAGUAUCUGUUGUCUCAGCCCGACAUCGAUCCGGGCGACGCACAUCUGCAUGCAAUCAGAGAUAAUCAAGGGAGGAUCGCCGUGUUGAUAUUGAACAAGCUGAAUGAAUUGACGCCGGGCCUCGAAUACGCCGGUGUCACCCACAGCCCGGAUUUCCCGGAUGACACGACGCCGCUCGCGGUGGCGGCACAAUAUGGGCAUUUCGAGAUGAUUGAUAUGCUCAGAUUCCGACGUCACAUGCUGCCAAAACCGCAUCUACCUAGUUGCAACUGCGACGAGAUUUGCAAGUAUGAUUAUGCGUACUCGAGAUAACACUCGCGAAUUUCAGUUCGCGAAACCUUUUCGUUCGCCGUGAACUGUUGGUUGUUGAAAACAUCGCGACUGUGUAGAGUUAUAGUUACAUUUUUAUCCUUGUCUCUUUGACCCCCCCUGUAGACCGGAAAGGGAAAAGGGUGACAUCCUGACCAUAGAAAAAAUGAGACUGUUCUUGUAUAAGGCGCUAUCGAAUCCAGUGUACAUUUGUCAUACCGAAGAAGAUCCUAUAUUAAGAGCUUUUCUAUUAUCGACCGAGCUUAACAAAGUAGCUACGUUCGAUAAAGAGUUCUAUCCCGAUUAUAGAGCGUUGUCCGAUGUUAGUGAGAUCCUAUUUCUUAAAUUUAUUAUUAUUAUUCAUUAUUAUCAGCUAGUAAUUAUCAGCGAAACUUUAACAACCUCUAAUUGCAUUUUUGUAAGAGACAAGAGAUGACGAAUAAUCUAAUCUGUGAAUAUAUUCUUUGAUGAUGUAUAUAUUCAAAUAUUAUCCGUUGCUUAUGAAAAGUUAAUUCAUCAUAGUUUUGUGAUAAAAGGAGGUGUCCCAAUUUGCCACAGACUUGAUCGGAUGCGCUCGUACCUCUGAAGAAGUUGAAUGUGUACUAAGACAAAUAACCGGUUUUGGUCGUACUUGUACCUUCGUAUAUCCGCGACUCUUGCUAGCUUUGGAUCACGAGCAAAAAACCUUCAUAGCUCAUCCAAACGUACAACAGGUACGGUGAUAUACCUGGCUGAAUAAUAAAAAAAAAUCUACGUCUACGUCGAAACAUUAUUUAUUUCCAUAAAAUCUUUUAACUUUAAUAGCUUUUCGACCGAAUUCCGUAAAACUUGUGAAAUGAAUGUGCUUAAUAUCUU